UCUUAAUAGUCAUCUUUUGUCGCGUCUCGUCGAAUUUAAAACUAGUAUUGAAAGUGCCGGAUCGGUGUAAAUUAAAAUAAAACUUCUAUUUAUAAAAGAUUAAAACAUGUUCCGUAAUCAGUACGACAGUGAUGUCACAGUAUGGAGUCCUCAGGGCCGCCUUCAUCAAGUAGAAUAUGCUAUGGAAGCUGUGAAGUUAGGUUCGGCUACUGUCGGCCUGAAAAACAAGCAGUUUGCAGUGCUGAUAGCUCUUAAGAGGGCUGUCAGUGAGUUGUCGGCUUAUCAAAAAAAGAUUAUACCAAUUGAUGAGCAUAUUGGUAUUUCCAUCUCAGGAUUGACAGCAGAUGCUAGAAUGUUAAGCCGUUUCAUGCGUACCGAGUGCCUCAAUUAUCGCUAUGCUCAUGAUUCUCCUAUGCCAGUUGGCAGACUUAUUGCUUUAGUUGGCAAUAAAAUGCAAAUCUGCACCCAGAGAUACGAUAAAAGACCCCUUGGUGUUGGUCUAUUGGUGGCAGGCUAUGAUGAUCAAGGUCCACAUAUCUACCAGACAUGCCCUUCGGCAAACUUCUUUGACUGUAGAGCAAUGGCGAUUGGAGCACGAUCACAGUCUGCCCGCACAUAUUUAGAGAAACAUUACAACUCAUUCCUUGAUUGUGAACUCAAUGAUCUAGUUGCUCAUGGCUUGAGGGCUUUAAGAGAUACACUGCCAAAUGAAGUUGAUCUCAAUCUUAAGAACGUCUCCAUUGCGAUUGUUGGUCCGAAGACAGCGCUUCACGUGUGCGAAGAGAGUGAACUGACGCGCUACCUGUCGCUGGUGGAGGGCGAGGAGCGUCGCGGCGGCGGGGCGGCCACCGGCGACGCCGCGCCCCCCUCCGACGCGGGGGACGAGCCGCAACCACAGGUCGCGAUGGACACAGAGUAGACACUGAUCGCUUGCAGGAAAACGCAGAUGGGCUUAACAGGAUAAUAGACGAAGAAUUUACGACACAAUUGUCACCAACUCUCUGUGUUUAUAUUCAUAAGGUUUAUAGUGUCGUUCUUCCUUUCCUUAUUAACAUGUCUAAAGAUCUGCCUUGGCCAGUGUUUAAAUUAUCCUCUAUUGCUAUGUGAUUAAGACUGAAAUUCAAUUGGCUAUUAUUUUAUAUUCAGAUUCAAAAUACUUCAAAUAGUUAUUCUUAAUAUUGCAAAGGAAAUGUAUUGUAUAAAAUUUAUUUAAUUCUUUUAGAAAUAAUGUAACUUUUUUAAUAGUAUGUGGUUCAGAAAAAUAUUGUACUCCUUUUAAUUGUUUUCGUUGUUAAAAUUGAAGAUGAUUUUGAGGUAAUGAUAAAAAUUUACGAAUCGUACGCCAAGCGUACUUGGGGUUCCGUGACACCCGUGGCUUUGGACAUUUUAUUAUUGUUAUUUGUCAUAAUAUCUCUUAGAGUUAAAAAAAAUCUGUGCAAAUUCCAACUAGCUUAUUGUAAAUUUAAAGAUACCCUGUGAGGUAGAGUCUCCAAAUUCUUACAAUCUGAAUUACGGAAUCCUAAAAAAGCGUAUUUUGAAUUUUUUUCAUAUAAUAACAGUUCCUAGAAUACUUGCUUCUACGUAGUAUUCAUUAAAUAUAAUAUCAGUUUUGUUCCAAGCGAUAAAGUACUUUAGGCACUGGCCAAGGCGAAGAGAGAAAAUAAUGUUUAUGGUAUUAACCAUCUUGUGUAUUUCCUUUAUUUUGUAACAAAUUAAACACGUGUCUUUUUAA